GGAGAGGAUGACAGCAGAUGUGCUUGUUGCCGUGGCGGCAGAGCACAACAGCUCAAGAACGUAAAAGAAUACUCGUCCAUUUUCAUCUUUUCUUCAUCACUCCCCCUCCUCUUUUCAUCCGGAAACUUCUUCUUCCUCAUCAUAUUCAUCAGCCUCCUCCUCUUCCUCGUCUUCCUGGUGUUAGAGCAUCAGAAGCAGCAGAGAACAACCAAACAUGGACGUCGAGCUGCUGCUGCUCAGCCAAUGAGAACGGGGAGCAGCAACAGGAAGUUAGGACGAGCGAGGAAGAGGGCGGCGGCGGUGGCGUGGAGCUGCCUACGAAGCUGAGAAACACUUAGAAGAGGAGGAGGAGAUUGUGUUGAGCUUGCAACUUUAGCAGCAUCAUCACAAUUUUAUAAGACUGCGGCGUGGCAACACAGACACACACACAUUCAUUGGGAUCUGAACAGCAACAAACUUCUUCUUCUUCUUCACCCCGAGUGUCAUCUCCAUUUCCUGCAAUUUGUUUUCAUGACGUGACGCACACCAGUGAUUGGACCCCCUCCCUCCAUCCCUCCAUCCAUCCCUCCAUCCAUCCAUCCAUCCAUCCAUCCAUCCAUCCCUCCCUCCCUGUGCCCCUCCCCCUCAUCAACAUGUCAAGCCGCUGCCAUGCUAAGAAGUCAGGACAGGGUCAGUGACGCACCCACUACCUAGUCCGAGUGGGUUUGAAGCAAGAUGGCGGCCGGCGUGGCAACAUGGCUGCCAUUCGCGCGGGCGGCGGCCGUGGGAUGGCUGCCGCUAGCCAAGAAGACCAUGCCCAAACCUCCUGUGGACAACUCGUCCAGAUCAGACGAAAUCCUCUAUGUCAAUGUCAGCGGGGUCCGCUUUCAGACAUGGAAGAAUACGCUGGACCGCUAUCCCGACACGCUGCUAGGCUCCUCGGAAAAGGAGUUCUUCUACAACGAUGACACUCAGGAGUAUUUCUUCGACAGGGACCCCGAAAUGUUCCGCCACAUCCUCAACUUCUACCGCACCGGGAAGCUGCACUACCCACGACACGAGUGCAUCCAGGCCUUCGAUGAGGAGUUGGCCUUCUAUGGCAUCGUGCCCGAAAUCAUCGGUGACUGCUGCAUGGAGGAAUACCGAGACCGGAAAAAGGAAAACCAGGAGCGUCUGGCCGAGGACACGGAAGCUAACGAAGCUAUGGAUGCGCCCCUCCCACCGCACAGCAGCCCUAGAGAGCGUCUGUGGCGAGCCUUCGAGAACCCACAUACGUCCACUAUGGCGCUGGUCUUCUACUACGUGACGGGAUUCUUCAUCGCUGUGUCGGUCAUUGCCAACGUGGUGGAAACAGUCCCUUGCCGACCCCCCAAGGGGAGCGUCAAGGAGCUCCCGUGCGGCGAGAAGUACCAGCUGGCAUUCUUCUGCAUGGAUACGGCGUGUGUACUCAUCUUCACCUUUGAGUAUCUGAUGCGUCUGUUCGCCGCGCCCAGUCGCUGCAAGUUCAUGCGUUCAGUCAUGUCGGUCAUCGACGUGGUGGCCAUCAUGCCCUACUAUAUUGGCCUGGUAAUGCCAGAGAAUGAGGACGUGAGCGGCGCCUUUGUCACGCUGAGGGUCUUCCGUGUCUUCCGGAUCUUCAAGUUCUCGCGCCACUCGCAGGGUCUGAGGAUUUUGGGCUACACACUCAAGAGCUGUGCCUCGGAGCUGGGCUUCCUGCUCUUCUCCCUCACCAUGGCCAUCAUCAUCUUCGCCACAGUCAUGUUUUACGCCGAGAAGGGGACCAAGGGCUCCACCUUCACCUCCAUCCCGGCCUCCUUCUGGUACACCAUCGUCACCAUGACGACACUGGGGUACGGCGACAUGGUUCCGAACACCAUCGCCGGGAAGAUUUUCGGCUCCAUCUGCUCGCUGAGCGGCGUGCUGGUCAUCGCCCUCCCCGUGCCCGUCAUCGUGUCCAACUUCAGUCGUAUCUACCACCAAAACCAGCGUGCAGACAAGAUGCGAGCGCAGCAGAAAGUGCGCUUGGCUCGAAUCCGCAUGUCAAAGAAAGGAACUACUAACGCCUUCCUGCAAUACAAAGAAGAUCGAGCUCUUGGGGACCGGGACAGUGACAGCGGCGCUCUGUGCGUAAGGAACAAGUCGGCAUUCGAACAUCAACAUCAUCACCUUCUUCACUGUUUAGAGAAGACCACGAACCACGAGUUCACGGACGAACUCAACUACAGUGAACUGUGCAUCACAGAGUCGGUGGGCUUCCGGACCAGCCGCAGCACCUCCCUGUCCAGCCAGCAGGGGGCGCUAAACCACUCCACAGGCUGCUGUCCCCGCCGCGUCCGGAGGCGAGCGGCCAUGCGGCUGGCCAACUCCACCGUGUCAGUGAGCCGUGGUAGCAUGCAGGAGCUGGACAUGAUGCACGGAAAGGGGAUACCUGACCCACCACAGACUCGUUCCAGCCUCAACGCUCAGAUCAACCUCAAGCUUAACUGUGGCGAGCAAGACUUCAGCGCUGCCAUCAUAAGCAUCCCCACACCGCCUGCCAACACGCCCGACGAGAGCCUGCCACCCUUGCCGGCUGCCAUCCCGGGGGGCAUCCUGCGCAACACGCGCGCCACUGCCUACACCCCUGAUGCCGUCAAGAUCUCCUCCUUGUAACCUCUGCCAGGGCCUGACCGAAACCGCCCCGCACCCCAUUGCCUGCCUUCCCGUCGCAGCUGACAGUCUGCAGCUGGCCAAGGAAUUGUGGGUAGAAGACAUAAAAACACUUCCCAGCUUUGUCCUCAGUCGAUGAUGAAAGUGGACAUCCAAAUACGCAAAGCAGGAAGUAAUCGUCAAUAAUCAACAAUAGGAUGAAAUGUUUGUGUGUUGCGUGUUUGACAUAAACAAAACUAGUCGACGAAGCAAAAAUGGACAGGUCACCUUUCUUCCAUCGCACAAUAAUAAGCGUCUUAUUCUUCUAACGUGAUUACAUUUAACAAAAGAAAACAAACAAAAGCACUACAACUGAUUAAACAUGUCAAGCAUAGCAUUUUGGUUAGAUUGUUGAUUUGUUAGCAGCAUGGUGGCCUACUGGUUAGCACGUCUGCCUCACACACGGGGUUUGAAUCUCGGUUCCAGCCUUCCUGUGUAGUUUCCACGUUGUUCCCAUCCUUGCGUGCACAUUUUCCCUCCCACAUUCUGAAAAAAUGUUAGUAUGUUUGCUUCACUGAAGACACAGAAAUUGUCCAGAGGUGGGAAUGGGAAUGGGAAUGCUCGUUUGUCUAUAUGUGCCCAGACAUUCACUAGCGACCAGUCCAUUGGUUGUCUAUUUGUGACCUGACAUUGGCUGGUGACCAGUCCAUUGUUUUUCUGUAUGUGCCCUGAGAUUGUCCAGGAUGUAUCUCACCUGACUUUGGACGAAAGGGCGGUGUACAAUCUGGACUGGUUGCCAGUCAAUGUCAGGGCACCCAUAGACAAACAAUGGACUGGACAUCAGCCAAUGUUAAAGGAACUAUCGCUUCCAGAUGGCAUAUAUUUCACAAUGCUCAAGAAAAUGAAACUGGUAAUCAUUUUGAUAAUUUUAGAGCAAUCAGUAAAUAACUAAUUACUAAUUCCCCUAGUAACGUCCCUUUUUCAUCGCCAAAAUCGACCCCAAAUUCACUGCUUAUCCGGCCGGUGUGGACAAAAGAAUCUAUUAUACUAUAAACUGGCAGUAUUUAGUCAGAUUUUAUACAUUGACACUGUUGGAGAGAAUUCUAUUUAACUAUCUAAUUAGCUUGUUAGCUGACGGGCUAGCGAACGUAAUAAACAGUUAACUUUACCUUAAAUGUCUGUUGUGUAGAUCUAUGCGCGGUGCAUGGAGCAAGGCUGUGGAGUAUUGGGCGAAGCUAACGCCGGUCUACGAGCCCACUAUUGGCCAGUACGUACCAGCCUACACGAUAGUACCAGGCCACUUCGCAAUGGAGCCGUCCAACUCGCCCUCAGCUCACUGGGUGAGCUGCGCGUGAGUCACCACAACAGAGACACUAGCCCAAAUAACACAAAACACUUCAGGGAAGAGGCAUUUUUCGGGUUGGAGGCAGAGGUUGAUGGCUAACUGCAUGAUGUCGUUGCGCUAGAAAUACGCCAAGCUAUAAUGACUAAGUAAUUUCGCAAUUCCAGUGAAUAGCCAUAGACGGCCCUCGUUAGAUAUUGUGUGGGGACGGGGUGCGGGGGCUCAUGCCAAAAAGUAUACGCCCCAGGCUGCUGUCGUCACGGGGCUAGUUUUUAGACAUCAACCAUUCGCACACACAUUCACACCUACGGGCAAUUUAGAGUCUUCAAUCAACCUACCAUGCAUGUUUGUGGGUUGUGGGAGGAAACCAGAGUACCCGGAGAAAACCCACGCAGGCACAGGGAGAACAUGCAAGCUCCACAGAGGCCGGGCCGGGAUUUGAACCCCGGUCCUCAAAACUGUGAGGCAGAUGUGCUAACCAGUCGGCCGCCUGUCAGGGCACAUAUAGACAAACAAUGCACUCGUCAUCAGCCAGUCGCAGUGUAAUCAGAUUUUUCAAAAUAAUUGACACGUUUCAGAAUAAUAAUUCAUGAUACAAAUGUUAAAUCACAUUUAUUGUUGUGGUGGAAGAAACCUGAGCCCAAACUUGACCACCUGCUAGCUUAAAUAUAAGUGCUGCUUGUGCACGUGGCCACUUUGACAUUCCUCAAUUUCCUCUUGGGCCACUCAGAAGCGAGCGUAUUUGAGCGUGUGACCAAGCACAAAUUGCAACAUAUUUUGUAUCAUAAACGUUCACCUGCUACUUUCAAUCAACCCCCAACCUCCCUCAAAAAAAAAAAAAAAAAAAAAAAAGGUCGCCACCUGGUCCGUGCAUGAGCCUCGUAAGACUUCAACUUUAGCCAGCGUAGCGUAGAAAAAAACUAAGGGGGGAAAUGUCUUUUUUUAUUUUGCAUGACGACUUUCUUAUGAUUUUUGUUUCCAUUCAACCACCGAGACAUGGCAUAAUUCAGGAAUGUUCCUGGGCCGGAAUGCUGAGAGACGUCACUACUAUGCAUGGAUACCGUUGUAGGUAUUUGAUCUCUACGCACUCUUGUUCACUGGACUUCUUCUUCUGACCCACAAAUAAAAAGUAAACCAUGCUAAUGUUAGCACCAUUGAUGAUAAUUUCAGCAUUAACAUGUUGACACAAACUGUGGAGAGAGUUUGUCACCUCGCUACUUCCUGUGCAAUUGAGCCUCUCACAGGAAUUAGCAGGAGCAUUAAAGACGGCUGUGCCAAUGAUGGCUAACGUUAGCGGCGACUGAUGCUAAUUUGUACCUCACACAGGAUGUAGCUGGAGUGUCUAGGGUGGCCACGCCAACAAUAGGCUAACAUUAGCCCAAAGUCGCAUCAGUCUUAAGUAAUGCAAGUUUGCACUAACUUUUGCACCUCACACAAGAAGCGUCCAAGGAGGCCAGGACAACAAUGACUAACUUUAGCGCAAAUUCUUAGUGAACAUUUGCGCGUCACACAUUAAGUAGCCGGCGCAUUCAAGAUGGUCAUGCCAAUGAUAGCUAACUUUGGUGCUUCACUCUUUGCUAAUGCUAACUUGCGCUAACAUUUGCGCCUCACAAAGGAAGUAAUCGAAGUGUCCAAGAUGGCUUUGCAAACACCAGCUAACAUUAGCAAUGACAGACGCUAAUGUGCGGUAACAUUUGCGCCUCAGACAGAAAAUAGUCGAAGCGUCAAAGGGGGCCACAACAACAACAAUGGCUAACGUUAGUGACAACUGUUGCUAAUUUUAACAAACAUAAGCAUGAACAUGUUGACAAAAGUGGGGGGUGAGGGAGUUCAGUGAACAAAUUAAUAAUAAUGAAUAAUGAUUUAAAAAAUGAUUAAAGCACAGACAUGUAUAUUAUUUAAACAAAUAAACGACAUA